AGACCCACGCACUAUGGGUGAAUAUAUACUUGUCUACGUACCAUAUUCUCUCUCUCUCCUAUAUAUAUAUAUAACACCAUUAUAUAUUUAAGUGUGCAGUCCGAAACAACAGUUGAUAGAGAAGAUGGGUGUGUUUGUUGAUUCAUGGUGGGUUUUGAUUUUGAUUUUGGCAGUUGGAAUAAUUAGGUCAGCAACGGCGGCGGGUAAAGUCCGACAUUUGAAAUGGGAAGCGCAAUACAUGCACUGGUCUCCCGACGGGGAGGAAGGCGUGGUGAUAACCAUCAAUGGGCAGUUCCCGGGCCCCACCAUACGGGCUCGGGCCGGCGACACCAUCCAUCUCCAGCUCACCAACAAGCUUCACACCGAGGGCCUUGUCAUCCACUGGCACGGAAUCAGACAGAUUGGGACGCCUUGGGCAGAUGGGACUGCCUCAAUCUCGCAGUGUGCUAUUAAUCCAGGAGAAACAUUUCUCUACAGGUUUAAACUCGACCGGGCGGGCACAUACUUUUACCAUGGGCACUACGGCAUGCAACGGUCAGCUGGGCUCUACGGAUCGUUGAUCGUGGACGUGGCAGAAGGAGAGAAGGAGAAGUUGGAGUAUGAUGGAGAGUUCAACAUUCUACUCAGUGAUUGGUGGCAUAAGGGCUCUCAUGAACAAGAGGUUGAUCUCUCCUCCAAACCCAUGCGUUGGAUUGGAGAGCCACAGAGCUUGUUAGUCAAUGGAAGAGGGCAGUUCAACUGCUCCAUGGCGGCACAUUUUAGCAACUCAUCGGCAGUUCCGUGCAAGUUAAGAGGCAAUGAACAGUAUGCGCCUUAUAUCCUUAAUGUCCACCCCAAUAAGACCUACCGGCUCAGGAUAGCGAGCUCCACCGCACUUGUUUCACUCAACUUGGCUAUUGGGCAUCACAAGAUGGUGGUGGUGGAAGCCGACGGCAACUACGUGGAGCCAUUCACCGUGGACAACAUCGACAUCUACUCCGGCGAUAGCUACUCCGUCCUCUUCACAACCGACCAAUCCCCCUCGGAAAACUACUGGAUCUCCGCCACCGUGAGAGGCAGGGAGCCCCACACACCCCCGGCCCUCGCCAUCCUCAACUACCUCCCAACAUCCGCCGCGCGCCUCCCCAGCUCGCCCCCACCCGUGGCCCCGCGGUGGGACGACUACGCCUACAGCAAAGCCUUCUCCAACAAGAUCCUCGCCCUGAGCGGCUCCCCCCAACCCCCGCCCCGACACCAGCGGCGGAUCGUGCUGCUGAACACGCAGAACUACAUCGACGGCUACACCAAAUGGUCCAUCAACAACGUGUCCCUCACCCUCCCCACCACCCCUUACCUAGGCUCCAUCAAAUACGGCAUGCCCGACGCCUUCGACGCCAGGAGCCCGCCCGACCGCUUCCCCCGCGGCUACGACGUCAUGCGCCCCGCGCCCAACCCCAACUCCACCUACGGCAGCGGCGUCUACACGCUGAGGUUCAACUCCACCGUGGACGUGAUCUUGCAGAACGCCAACGCGCUGAAGCCCAACGUGAGCGAGAUUCAUCCCUGGCAUUUGCAUGGCCAUGAUUUCUGGGUGCUUGGCUAUGGAGAGGGCGAGUUCACGGACAAGGACGCGGCCGGAUUUAACCUGAAGAACCCGCCGAUUAGGAACACGGCGGUGAUCUUCCCGUACGGGUGGACGGCGCUGCGGUUCGUGGCGGAUAAUCCGGGCGUGUGGGCGUUUCACUGCCAUAUUGAGCCGCAUUUGCAUAUGGGGAUGGGGGUUGUGUUUGCGGAAGGGGUGCAUCGCAUCAACGCCAUUCCUAAUGAGGCUCUUGCCUGUGGAUUGACGGGGAAAUUGCUCAUGAGUAAUCCACACAAUUGAUACUUUUUUUGUUGGAUAUUUUAAUUAUGUUAAGUUCAGUGGAGAGAUGAUGGCAUGUUAAUUAGGUCAGAGUUAUGAAUGGGUUCGAUUCCAACUGCCGCAAGUGAUCCACUUCUGGUUGUAAACUUGGAUGUGCAGUUCUCAACGUAGUUCUGCUGGAAGAGAAUGAGAUUCUAUGUUCUACAA